AUGGAAAAAUCUAUGGCUUCCUACAUCCCGCAUUUUAUUAUUCCCGAUUGUGAUCACAUUCUUUUUGAAAAAACCGCAUUAGCAAAUCCUCAUUCCUUUUAUCGAAUGAACCUUAUCCAAGGUCGACUUGAAAUAAUGCCUCUAACAGUUUUUGGCGAACCCGAUGAAGCAGAAUCAAACAUUAUUGCAGACAUUGUUAUUUGGUGUCGCGCAAACAGAAACUUAGUUGGACACCAUGGUGGUUCCCAGGGAGCUUAUAGAUUACGUGACGGUAAUAUUCUAGGACCCAAUGCUUCUGUAGUACUUAGAACCAGAUGGGAUGCUCUGUCAAUUAGUGAUCAACAGAAAUUUCCGCGAGUUGCACCGAACUUUGUUGUCGAAUUACGUUCAACGGGAAAUUCACCUCAAGAUGUUCAUAGGAAAAUGUUGUUAUGGAUUAAUGCAGGAAUAUGCUGA